AUCGUUCCCACUCACAGAACAGAACCGACGAAGAAGAAGAAGAAAAAGAAGCAAAACCUUCCCUAAAACCCUAAGAAACUCUGAUGCACUCAUCGAAUCAAAGCUCUCGUCUUUUUCUAAACCCAUGUAAAUCAACGCUAACCCAAUACCCAAUCUUCAAUUUCCCCAAAUUUGCUUCAAGAAAACUCGUCAACUCUCUGAGAACUUCCAUCGAUUACAAGCAAGACGAAGAAGAAGAACUCGUAGUAGUUCCCAGUAACACAACUCGUCGUCUUCCAAUCACAAUCAAAACCUCUGGCAAAGUUUCUAGGUACUUCAUCAAAGGUGAUUCCUUGGAGUUACUGCUAUGUGUUGAUGAAGAAGAUGGUUCUGAUGACGAUGGCCGCCUCGACGAUGGGUUCUUGAAACUGAUAAGACUUUCAUCUUCAGCUGCAAAAGAUUUUUUCAUACCGAAACAAGUCAGUGAGAAUUACAUAAGUUAUGUGAAAUGGAAGUUUUUGCACAGAGUUUUCAGCUCUGCUUUGCAAGUUCUUGCCACUCAGGCCAUGUUUAGAGCCAUAGGGAUUGGACAAUCUCGGUCACUUGCUCCAUCUGCUGCUUUUAAUUGGAUAUUGAAAGAUGGGCUUGGACGGUUAAGUAGAUGUUUAUACACUGCUAGUCUUGCUUCUGCUUUUGAUACUAAUUUGAAGAGAGUUCGGUUCUCGACAUCUGUACUCUUUAGUCUUAGCAUUGGAGUUGAGUUAAUGACUCCAGUAUUCCCAAAGUACUUCCUUUUGCUAGCUUCUAUUGCCAACAUUGCUAAACAGAUUAGCCUGUCGUGCUACUUAGCAACCGGUUCAGCUGUACAUCGAAGCUUUGCUGUAGCGGAUAACCUCGGUGAAGUCUCUGCAAAGGCGCAGAUUCAAACCGUGUGUUUUGAUAACCUUGGUCUCUUACUGGCUGUUCUUCUAAAUAUGCUAUUUCAAAACAACCAAAGAUUGCAGGCAAGUCUACCUUUUGUUCUAUAUCCAAUUUUCUCCACAUUUGAUCUCCUUGGCAUUUAUAAAGGGCUUAAACACAUCAAUCUGCAAACAUUAACCAAGAAUAGGCUUGAAAUAAUUCUGGAAAGAUGGAUUGAAUUCAGGCAAGUACCUUCCCCUGCCGAAGUGAGUGAAGAGGAAGGAAUUGACCUUUUAGGGAGCAGAGGUAGCAAAAGGGUUUGGCCCAUCAGAAUUGGAUGCUUAGAUCCAAAGGCUCAGAUUCCUGCACAAUCAAUGAUGGCAAUGCAAUCACUGUCCAGUGAUGAUGGCUACUUCAUAACCAUUGAACUUUCCUCUCAAGGUUUCAGAAGAAUACCAAAAUUGGGAAUUGUCAUUUGCUUGCGUGAAGGAGCCAACAGUGUGGACAUUAUCACGAGUUUGUUACAGACAUGUUACAUCCGUAAAUCCCUUGGAAACAAUAGAAUCAAGAGAAGAGACACAUCUUCAGACUUGACGCCACAGGAUUGGUCCUUACUCACAGGAGAGAGUAAGCUUGCUGCACGAGAUGAUUCUAUCACACUGAACAAACAAAUGCAAGAACAAGGUUGGAUUGUGAAGAACGUCUUGUUGAGUGCAGAAGAGCAAGUUAGAUACAUUUUCGACAAAACUCAAUUGUAACAUAAAGGAUAAAGAUCAGUUAAAUUGUAACUGUUUAUAGUACACAGAGAUUUGUCUGUAAAUUGAAGCGUGAGUGAGUACUUUGUUAAAACCCUACGUGGCAAUCUAUACACAAGAAAGUAGUUACCAUUUACAUUA